AUGGCGGCCGAACAACGAAAGCUGCUCGAGCAGCUGAUGGGCGACCAGCUCUUGGCUGGACCCGGCACGCAAAAACAAGCCGCCCUCACCAUCACCGACCCCAAAGUCUGCCGCUCAUACCUCUGCGGCAGCUGCCCACACGACCUCUUCACCAACACCAAGCAAGACCUGGGCUCCUGUCCAAAACAGCACCUCCCAAACCUCCGUGAAGAGUACCAGAAUGCCAGCGACGCGCAAAAGAGGGAAUGGGGCUUCGACUUCGACUACCAGCGCGACAUCGGCAAGUACGUCUCCGACUGCGAUCGCCGAAUCGACACCGCGCAGCGCCGUCUGGAGAAGACGCCCGACGAGAUCCGGCAGACGAAUGCACUGCUCAAGAGUAUCAGCGACUUGACCAAGACGAUCGAGGCGGGGAUUGUGGAGGUGGAGAUUCUGAGUGAGCAAGGCGCUGUCAAUCUCGCGGUGCAGGAGUUUCAUAACUUGAAGCUACAAAAAGUGCAGAAGGAUGAGCGGGAGAGGGAGCUGAAGAGUUUGAGCGAUACGUCUGGGCCGAGUGGACAUCAGAAGCUGCAGGUCUGCGAUGUUUGUGGAGCGUAUUUGUCGAGGCUGGAUAAUGAUCGACGUCUGGCGGAUCAUUUCUUUGGAAAGAUGCAUUUGGGAUAUGCGCAGAUGCGGAAGGAGUAUGAGCGGUUGAGCAAGGAGUUGAAGGGUAGGGCGCCGCCAAGGAGAGAGGAGCCGAUGGAUGAUGGGCGCUACGAUGAUGGCCCAUACGGUGGUGGGAACUACGGUGGGCGAGGAUUUGGUGGACGUGGUGGUAGGGGCUUUGGAGGAGGAGGUGGUGGAGGCUUCCGCGGUGGACGAGGCGGUGGCGGAGGAUAUGGGAACCGGUGGUGA